CGGGGUUGUGUCUGUUGCUGCAACAGGGUGCGGCCGGGUGGGGGGCGCGAGCGCGGGCCCAGGUUCCAGGAAGGCCGUGCGCGAGGUGCUCCUUGCUCGGCUCCCGGUUCCCCCGCGCCCCCCCCCCCGCUCUUCUCGGGACCCCGGCCCGGCCGCCGCCCGCGUCCCGGAAGCUCCGACCUGAGCCAUGGUUUUUCACACCUGUGGCCCUAAUGAGGCCAUGGUCGUCUCCGGUUUCUGCCGGAGCCCUCCAGUCAUGGUGGCUGGAGGUCGUGUCUUUGUGCUGCCCUGCAUCCAGAAAAUCCAGAGGAUCUCUCUCAACACACUGACCCUCAAUGUCAAGAGUGAAAAGGUUUACACUCGCCAUGGGGUCCCCAUCUCAGUCACUGGCAUUGCCCAGGUGAAAAUCCAGGGGCAGAACAAGGAGAUGUUGGCAGCCGCCUGCCAGAUGUUCCUGGGGAAGACAGAGGCUGAGAUUGCCCACAUUGCACUGGAGACACUGGAGGGCCAUCAGAGGGCUAUCAUGGCCCACAUGACUGUAGAGGAAAUCUAUAAGGACAGGCAGAAAUUCUCAGAGCAAGUUUUCAAAGUGGCCUCCUCAGACCUGGUCAACAUGGGCAUCAGCGUGGUUAGCUACACCCUGAAGGACAUUCACGAUGACCAGAACUAUUUGCACUCCUUGGGGAAGGCUCGAACAGCUCAAGUCCAAAAGGAUGCUCGGAUUGGGGAAGCAGAGGCCAAGAGAGAUGCUGGGAUCCGGGAGGCUCAAGCCAAGCAGGAAAAGGUGUCUGCUCAGUACCUGAGUGAGAUCGAGAUGGCCAAGGCGCAGAGGGACUACGAGCUGAAGAAGGCCGCGUAUGACAUCGAGGUCAACGCCCGCCGGGCGCAGGCUGACCUGGCCUAUCAGCUUCAGGUGGCCAAGACUAAGCAGCAGAUCGAGGAGCAGAGGGUACAGGUGCAAGUGGUGGAGCGGGCCCAGCAGGUGGCAGUGCAGGAGCAGGAGAUCGCCCGCAGAGAGAAGGAGCUGGAGGCCCGAGUUCGGAAGCCAGCAGAAGCCGAGCGCUACAAGCUGGAGCGCCUAGCCGAGGCAGAGAGGACUCAGCUGAUUAUGCAGGCGGAGGCAGAAGCUGAGUCUGUGCGGAUGCGUGGGGAGGCUGAGGCCUUUGCCAUAGGGGCCCGAGCCCGGGCCGAGGCCGAGCAAAUGUCCAAGAAGGCCGAAGCAUUCCAGCUGUAUGAGGAGGCAGCUCAGCUGAACAUGCUGCUAGAGAAGCUGCCCCAGGUGGCAGAGGAGAUCAGUGGUCCCUUGACCUCAGCCAAUAAGAUCACACUGGUGUCCAGUGGAAGUGGAGCCAUGGGGGCAGCCAAAGUGACCGGGGAAGUUCUGGACAUCCUGAGCCGCCUGCCGGAGAGUGUGGAGAGACUCACAGGCAUCAGCAUCUCCCAGGUGAACCACAAGCCUUUGCGAACAGCCUGAGCCCUCGACCUUCGCCGCUGCUCAGCCUCAUGGCUCACGUUGCCUAAACGGUCCCCAUGUUGCGUGCACUUCAGCUGGCUUCUCUGAGCAUGUCCUGACAGUGGGGUUCCUCCCCUCAUCUCUCCUUGCCAAAUAGCCUGUGCCUUGCCUUGGAGGGGGAAAGGUUGCUCCCCCUCCCAAUCCCACACUGCCAAGAAUGCCAGGCCCCAGGGCUCCCAUGCCAGCCUUCCGAUUAUCACCUCCCAUGCCAAACUUAUUUAACUUUUACUUCCUAAUUAGACUGCGUGAGCCUGUUGUCCAGAAUUCCUUCCUGACCAAGACUGAGGGAUGGCCUGGAGGUUCUCAGCUUUACUUGUCAAAUAAAAUGCUGUUAAUAAGUACUGAUA